UUCAUCCAUGGAACUCUAAACUUAAGUAAAUAAGAUGAUUAAUAACCCUUCAAAGCUAUUUUAGAAAAUUACUCCAGGACUAAACAAUAAAUUAUACAAAAUUUAACCAACAAAGCAUUCAAAAUCAAAUUAAAAAAAAAAAACCUAAAGUCAACCAUAAAAAUACCUGAACAUAACCUAUUUCUUACUAUGGCAUAAUCUAAGUUCAAGUGGGAAAUAUACAUGUGCACAAAUCAACAAAGGCUUGCAAUAUUUUUAUUAAUUUUGAUAAUCUUUUAUUACAUCUUUCGAAGUUUGUUAAUGUUUUCCUUCCUUUUUUGAGGAUUCUUUUUGGUGUUGUAGGCUGCAGCCAGGGAACUGGAUGCUUCAUAUUAUAUAGAGAGUUGGACUCUUGAUCAAAGAUUAUACGCUUUAUAUGAAGACUUCUCCCCAAGUAAAAUGUGAGAUAUCUAUCAUCUCUUUUCUCUGCACAACCAUCCAAUCUCAUUAAGUUCUUUAACUUUUCUCUCUUCUUUCUUGAUGCCAAUGAUCUCAACAAUCAGUUUUUCAAUUGACUUUUGCUUCCUUAAGAAUCUUUCCUUUACUUUCCUUCCAUUUAUGAAAGAGUCUAUAAAUAUGGAAAAAACAUCAUUAUUUGUCCUUGCAGAGAGAAAAUAAAGAGAGUUCAAUCUUGUUAACUAAUUUGCAUGCUCCUAUGACUUCUUGUUGCUUUCCUGAUUUCUAUUCCUGGAUACAGAACCUACCACCACUUUCUCAAUGGAAAGUAACUUCAACUUCUACAUCCAUAUGCUCUUCAAGCUCAACCAACUCCUCUCUGAAUUUUGUUGCUACCAAAAACCUUCAUUCUCCAACCCUUACUUUCUCAGUUAUUGCAGAUAUCAGCUUUCCUAUAUCCCUUUGGACAUCAAAGCCCUUGAAGAUCAGCACCAAAUCCACAAGUUUAAUAGAUGAAGAAAGCAUAUCCUGUCUCUUGCUUAACUUUGUUCAUGAUGUUCUUCAUUAUGGCUCAAACCAACAAAAGAAUUUUAGCCUUAAUUUCCUUGAACUCAACAUCACUUUCAACUCGAAAGAAAUCUUCAAUCUCGCAUUUCUUACCCUCAUAUUUCUGAUCUGCAUUUACGAAGCUCCAACCAAACUCCGUUCGGAUUGUCUUACAACUCUCAAGCAUCAUUUGGCAAAUUGCCAGUCCAGACAGACAUCAAAAAUGCUGAUGAAACUGUUGGGAUCUAAUCUAGAGGAGCAAUGGAUGAGGUCCGUAAACCUUGCAAUCACCAACUGGAUAUUGGAGCUCAAGGCCAACAGCUGCACCCUGAAAACACCCUCACCAUUGUUCUCUUAUUCAUUUUCAACACGUGGGUUGUGGAAAGUUCAACUCUAUUGCCCUCUCAUUGCAAUGGAUAAUAUUGAGAACUCAAGCAAUCCCUCAACUGAUGAAAGAUUGCAAUUCUCUUUAAAUUAUCACCAGCUUGAAGGGGUUCUGCAGUUCAAUUACAAGGCCGAGGUUCGAGAAAAGUGGGUUGAUCUGAGGGUUCACGUUGAUAACAUAAGGUGCGACAUCAUCCAGCUUGUGAACGACACUCUCUUGUCCAAGCGAGGAGUCGGCAGAUCAGAAAAGCACUUCCCAUCACGAAUCUCGCUGCAACUCACUCCAAUUCUACAGACAAACAUAAUGAGCGUCUCAGUAAGCAAAUCAUCGGAUAACCCUACAAUAGACGUGGGAACCGAAAAAACCUUCGAAGCCGGAUUCGAACCGGCAGCAGCUUACCCAGGCCUGAAAUUAGCAGUCGGAGAGAGCGUAACGGUGAGCCUGAAGCCAUGGAAGUUCGAGCAGUUCGUGUAUGGCAACACGGCGAUCCUGAACUGGUACCUCCACGACAGUUCAGACGGGAAAGAGGUGGCCUCCACCAAGCCAUCGAAACUUGCGCUGAUAAACCCAAGAGCUUGGUUCCGGGACCGAUACUCGAGCGCUCACCGGCCGUUCAACAAACAGGGAGGGGUCAUAUUCGCCGGAGAUGAGUACGGAGAGAGUGUUUGGUGGAAGAUUGAGGAAGAUGCGAGAGGGAAAACCAUGGAAUGGGAGAUCAGAGGUUGGAUUUGGGUAACUUAUUGGCCAAACAAACACAAAACAUUCUACACUGAAACCAGGAGGCUGGAAUUCAAGGAGACUCUCCAUCUUUCAAUUCCUUAGCUCAGAAGAAAUCACUGGAAAUGGAGGCACAACAAACUGUUUUUUUUUUUCUUUUCUUUUUUUCAUGUUUAAUAAAAAUUUGCGUCGAUAAAUCAAAAUAAUUAAU